AUGAGACAAAAGGCAGAAACAUUAGACGGACAGAAAGGACAGAAAAAGUUGAAAAUAUUGGUCAUUAAGGGCAGAAAGAAUAGAAGGGCAGCCAAGAUUGGGGGACAGAAAGACGAAAAAUACGAAAAGGACAAUAAGGAUGGAAAUGACGAAAAGGACGAAAAGGACGAAGAGGAGUAUGAAGACGAAGAGGUCGUAAAGGAUCAAAAGAACGAAAAGGACGAAGAGGAUGAUGAGGACGAAAAGGACGAAGAGGACGAAGGAGAUGAAAAAGACGGAAAGGACGAAAAGGACGAAGUAGACGACGAGGACGACAAGGACGAAAAGGGCGAAAAGGACGAAGAGGAGUAUGAGGACGAAGAAGUCGUAAAGGACCAAAACAACGAAAAGGACGAGAAGGAGGAAAAAUACGAAAAUGACGAAAAGGACGAGAAGGACGAAAAUGAAGAAGACGAAGAGGUCAAAAUAUGGAUGGCAUUGAGGACCGUAAGGAUAGAAGGGCAGACAAGAUUGAGGGACAGAAAGUCCGGAAACGACAGAAAAGACAACAAGGACAAAAAGGACGAAAAAGACGCAAACGAGGAAAAGAACGAAGAGGACGAAAAUGACGAAAAGGACAAAAAAUACGAAAAGCACGAAGAAGACGAAAAGGACGAAAAGGAUGAAAAGGACAAAAAGGAUUGA